GUCACAAGGUGAGCGUUUUUGUGUCAUCCCUCGUCCCUGACAUACAUACACACUGCAGUCUGCAGCGCCAGCACCUGCCAAAUCAGGCCAGAGUAGAGGGAUGCUGGAGGCUGGCUAUCCUCAGUCGAUCUGCACCCGUGAGCCUCAGUCGGGCCCCAGCCGCUGCAGCGGAUAGUCAUGGCAGCACCGCGUCUGAUUUCCAAACUAGGUUUGUGUGUGCUGUGCAGCAUAUCUUUCCUGCCAGGCCCGUCGGCGGCCAAGCAGUCACACUCACAGUGGGUAGACGGGUCGGCCACGCCCAGGAAAAGGUCAGUGACGACAGCAGGAGCGAAGUCAAGCUCCAAGAACAGAUGGAAUCUGGCGCCGUGGGACGAGGGUGACUCCUACUCGUUCGCCGCUCCUUCGAAGGCCGUCGUCACCGCCGCACACCUCCAGCUUCGGGUUAACUUCGAGCAGCGGGUGCUGACCGGCUCAGUGAACCUCCAGGUGGAGCGCCGUGACCCUGCCGCCGAACGGGUGGUGCUCGACACCCGAGACCUCCACAUUACCGAGAUCACCGACCCGACCUCAGGCACAGCGCUCGACUGGAAAUGGGGCGAGCCGGACCGCGCACUGGGCCGGCCUCUCUUUGUCCACCUGCCGCCUGGAGAGUCUGUACGGGUGAAGAUCGCCUACAGCACUAGCGCCAACAGCACGGCGCUGGCGUGGCUGACUCCGGAGCAGACGGCCGGCAGAAGGAAGCCGUACGUGUUCUCGCAGUGCCAAGCAAUCCACUGUCGCUCCAUGGUGCCCCUGCAGGACACUCCGUCUGUGAAAAUGAGCUACACAGCCGAGAUUACUGUGCCCGUCGGUAUGACAGCUCUCAUGUCUGCGCUCCGGGAGGGUAACGAAACCACCGGCAACUGGACGACGUUCCGGUUUCGACAGCCUGUACCGAUUCCGUCCUACCUGAUCGCACUGGCGGUCGGCGAUCUGGCCUCACGGUCACUGGGCGAGCGAUCCAACGUCUGGGCUGAGCCGGAGCUUGUCGAUCGGGCCGCUCACGAGUUCGCCGAGACGGAGCAGAUGCUGCAGCUGACCGAGACCAUGCUCGGUCCGUACCUCUGGGGUGUGUAUGACUUGCUGGUGCUGCCGCCAAGCUUCCCCUAUGGAGGCAUGGAGAACCCGUGUCUUACGUUCGUCACUCCGGCGCUUCUCGUCGGAGAUAGAUCCAUGACUGACGUUGUCGCACACGAAAUCAUCCAUAGCUGGAUCGGUAACCUGGUCACCAACCGCAACUGGGAGCACUCCUGGCUCAACGAGGGCUUCACCAUGUUCCUCGAGAGAAAGAUCCUCGGGAAGUUACAAGGAGCUCCUGUGAUGCAUCUCACGGCAUCCAGUGGCUGGAAGGAGCUCAAUGACACCGUGCAAACGAUCGGCAUCACCAGUCCCCUCACCUGGCUCGUGCCGAGGCUGAAAGGUGUUGACCCUGAGGAUGCCUUCUCACUCAUCGCUUACGAGAAAGGCCACGCUCUGUUGUGGUAUCUCGAACAAUUCAUGGACGGAAGUGACCAGAUGGAAGCAUUCCUGAAAUCCUACGUGAACAAGCACAAGUACCUAGCGGUCGACUCCGGGGAUUUCCUUUCCUAUCUCUACGAGUACUUCUCCAAGGGAUCGAAGGACUCUCUGUUUGCUGAAGUCGACUGGAAGGCGUGGUUCGAUUCUCCCGGUAUGCCGCCCUACACGCCGGUGUUCGACACAUCUUUGAUCGACUCCUGCAGUCGGCUGCGUCAGCAAUGGGUCGACUGGGACGAAACCAGCCCGGCGCCUUUCUCAUCUGCUGACAUCAACGCUCUCUCCACCAUCCAGAUCAUCGAGUUCCUGUCGCAGCUUCUCGAGCAGCCACCACUAACGCUGACCAAGCUGAAGCUGAUGGAGCAGCUCUACGACAUGAACGCGCGCGCUAACGCCGAGAUCCGGUACCGCUGGCUGCGGCUGUGCGUCAGGGGUCGGUGGAAGGAGCAGGUGCCGGCUGUUCUGGAGAUGGUGAACACCCACGGCAGGCUCAAGUACGUCCGACCUCUUUAUCGCGAACUGUACGACUGGAAGGAGAUGCGCAACCGAACCAUCGAGAACUAUCAGAACAACAAGAAGUACAUGAUGUUUGUAUCGGUGCAUACUGUUGCGAAAGACCUGAAUCUGUUUGAAUAAAUGGGUUGUCACAAAAAAA